AUGGAUAAAGUACCAGAAAAAGAAAAGGUUAUCAAUGACGAGGUAAACAAGAAGUUUGCAGACUCAGAUACUCCAGUAUAUAAAUUUGAAGCUGAAGAUUCUCCAGAAGAGAAAGCUAAACAAACACUUGAAGAUUCUGGGGGUGGCCCCAAGUCUAAUACUAUAGGACCAAAUGCUAAAAAAAUUACCACAGAUACUGACGCAAGUCAAACAACUGAAGAAGAAACUGAGUCAACCAGUAAAAGACUUUCAACUCUUUUGCCCGGAAGUAUACCUUCUGUGGUAGAGUCGGUUGAAAUUCCUGAUUGGGCACGUACGGGUUGGCAACGUGUUACUGGCGCUGGUGAAUCAGAUAAAGACAUUUUUGACGAAGUUUUAGGCGAAAAAUUUUUUGGACAACUAUGGUUAAAUGCUACAGUAGUAUUUGUAUCUGUGUUCUUGACGUACAUAAUUACUUCUCUUGGUGGAGGCAUUGGUUGGGUUAUUAUUAUUAGUGCUUUUGUUGGAACGUAUUUUAAGAAUUCUGUCCAACGAUUUUAUCGUAAUGCAAGAGACGAAAUUGGUCGUGAACUUGCAAAGGAAAAACUGGAGCUUUACGAAGAGCCAGCAGAAUGGAUUAACGAAUUUUUACGUCGAUUUUGGCUUAUUUAUGAACCUGUAUUGUCAUCAACGAUUGUAAAAACAGCUGAUGAUAUAUUGGCUGCUUCAAAACCAUCUUUUCUGGAUUCAAUCCGGUUGACAACUUUUACACUAGGUUCAAAGCCUCUCACCAUCGAAUCUAUAAAAUCAUAUCCAAAGUCUGAUGAUGACGUAGUGGUUAUGGAUUGGAAAGUUAGUUAUAUUCCAAAUGAUAUUGCAAAUAUGACAAGAUCGCAAAUGAUUAGGAAGGUCAAUCCUAAAAUUGCUCUCACUAUUCGGUUGGGAAAGGGAAUGGUUGGCGCAGGAAUUCCCAUAUUGUUGGAAGAUAUAUCGUUUUCUGGACUUAUAAGAGUCAAAUUAAAGUUGAUAAAUAUUUUCCCUCAUGUUAAAACUGUCGAUAUUAGUUUCUUGGAAGAACCAAAGUUUGAUUAUGUUUUAAAACCAAUUGGAGGAGAAACAUUCGGUUUCGACAUAGCAAAUCUUCCUGGAUUGUCCUCAUUUAUUCAAGAUCAAGUUCAUGCUAAUCUUCGCCCAUUGAUGUAUGCUCCAAAUGUUUACACAAUAGAUGCGGAACUUCUCGUUGGAGGCUAUCCAAUAGAAACUGCGAUUGGUGUCCUCAAACUUACCAUAUUUAAUGCAAGGGGAUUAAGAAACGCAGAAAGAUUUGGUACAUCUGAUCCUUAUGUUAAAGUAAAAGCUCACGGAAAUAUAGAACUCGUCAAAACAAAAGUUAUCGAUGAUUCAUUGAAUCCUGCUUGGAACGAGACACAUUUCUUGAUUUUAACGACCUUGAGUGAAUUUUUAAGGCUUGAGAUAUGGGAUUUUAAUGGAAUGAGUAAGGAUAAGCCACUUGGAACUUCCAAUUUUGAAUUAAAUUCUUUAUUAGAAAAUCCAAAGCAAGAAAGCAUUACAUCUGAAGUAUUAUAUGAGGGUAAACCUCACGGCGAAAUUAAAUUCGAUGCAGUCUGGUAUCCAGUAGCUGAAGCCAUAGAAGGAGUGCCUGCACCUGAAUCAAACAUUGGAAUUUUACGCUUUAACAUUCAUCAAGUUAAGAAUCUUAGUAAUCGUCAUAAUGCGUAUGCAGAAUUGCUUUUGAAUGGGAAAGUUGUUUUCAAAUCGAAGACACUGAAAAGAACAAAUAAUCCUGUUUGGGAGGAUCCAUUUGAAAUGUUCAUUACAAAUAGAGAUGGUGCCAAGCUAGCUGUCAAUGUUCGUGAUGAGCGUGACUCGACCAAUAUUAUUGGAAAAUGGGAAAGCACUUUAGAACAAUUUUUAGCAAACAUGAAAGAGAAGAUAGACUGGUUCGAUUUAAAAAAUGGAGCCCCAGUUGGCAGAAUAAAUUUAACUUGUUUAUGGAAACCUGUGUUAAUAGAUGAUCUUCCCGGACCCGGCGGAUUCGUUGAACCACGUGGAUUUGUAAGACUUCAUAUUAAGGGUGCUAAAGAUUUAAAGAAUCUAGGGAAACUAGGAGGUAAAUCCGAUCCUUAUGUGAAAGUUUUGCUGGGUUCUACUGCUCGUGGUCGUUCAGAUUUUAUUCUCGACAACUUGAGUCCCGUAUGGGAUGAAAUAUUUUAUAUACCAGUACAUAGUACGAGAGAAGUGUUGAAUCUUCAAGUAAUGGAUCGUGAAAUUAAUGCAAAAGAUAAGAGACUAGGUUUUGCAGAGUUGGAACUUUCAAAAUUAGUUAAGGAACAAAAUAGCACAUUUGAAGCCGUUGACAAACUUGAAGAUGCGUCUUCACCUUUAAUCCUUGAUCGUGAAUCAAGAGGCACAAUUAUUUAUUCAGCAGCUUUUUAUCCAACUAUUAAUAAGAAAGAAGCCGAAAACAUCAAUUUAAAUAAUUUAAGUGAUCAUCAAACUGGAAUUUUCAUUAUACAUAUUAAUAGAGCCAAAUUUGAGAAGAGAGAUACAAGUGUAGAUGUUUAUGUAGAUAAUGGGAUAUUCCCUGUUUAUACCACUAAUCGUUGCAAGGCAGCAAAUCCGCAAUACGAAGAAGUCACCGACGUAAUUAUUAAGGAACUGGAUUUUUCCAAGCUUAUUUUCCAUAUUAAACAAGGAGAUAACAGGAAUCCUAUUGGUGUUGUGGAACGAGAAGCUAAAGAAUUAUUAGAGGAUUGCCUAAGGUCAUCACGAGAAGACGGUAUAAACCUUCCUAUUGAAGAAAUGAAUAAUGCAACUUUGAAUGUUUAUAUUCAGUAUAUACCUGUUGAAUAUAAACUACAACCUUCGGAGAGUAUAAAUAAUAUGGGAGAUUUACAAAUCACUGUCAAGAAUGCAGAAAAUUUACCAGCAGCUGAUCGAUCUGGUACGAGUGAUCCAUUCGCUGUCUUCACCUUGAAUAAUGAAAAAGUUCAUAAAACGAAGACUAUUAAAAAGAAUUGUAACCCUGAAUUUAAUGAAUCCUUUAACGUGACCGUGCUCUCACGAUCGACUAGUGUAUUUGAAGUGGAUGUAUUUGAUUGGAAUCAAAUAGGAAAUGAUAAAAAGAUUGCAAGCGGGUCAAUUCAACUUGACGAUUUGCCACCUUACGAAAAAACAGUGAAAGAGAUACAAUUGAAGAAUGAACUUAGUAAAUCUACUGCACCCGGAGGCAAAUUUAUUCUUCACAUCGUUUUCCGGCCCUCUCUUGUUGGAAGGAAGAAACAAAAUUCGGGAGUUGUAGAUGGUGCUGCAAGAGCACUAACAGGAAUUGGUUCCGGAGUUGGAAAUGUAGUGACUAGUAGCGGUACUUUUGUCGGAAAUAAAGCGAAUACUUUAGUUUCUGGCGUUGGUUCAGGAUUCGGUCUUUUAAAGAAAAAAUAAAAAAAGACUGCACCAAGCUUUAUUAGGAAAAAGUUGUAUAAUAUAAUUAAUUAUAGUAAAUUAUUUAAGAACUAAAAUAAAUUUCUUUAUUGUACUUUGUGUUCUUUUCUAGUACUACGAGACAAUUAAUGUUCUUAAUAAUAUUUUUUAUUAA